AUGCGCACCUUCAUCGGCACUACCGCCCUAGCCUUAUCUGCGAUCACGGCCGUUUCUGGGCAGUUGACUUGGAACGCAACUAAAUUCCUCUUCACGUUUGGUGACUCGUACACCACCGAUGGUUUCAACAUCACCCUCGGCGUAAAUUCCACGGAUCCCGGAUACACUUCCUCGAACGGCCCCAAUUGGGUCGAGUAUCUCGGUGGAUCGUAUAACGUCACGGAUACCAAGGUCUUCAACCUAGCGUCUGGAGGAGCGACUAUCGACGCCGCGUUGGUCGCCCCGUACGAGCCAACCGUGUUAUCCAUCGUGGACCAGGUGUCCCAAUUCCAGGAAUACCUGGCGGCGAAGCCCUACGGCGCCCAGUGGGAUAGUGCGGACAGUCUGUUUGCCAUCUGGAUAGGAAUCAAUGAUGUCGGCAAUUCGUAUGCCUGGACCAACGUCACAUCACAGUCGGCCUUCCACACCAUCUUGAUGGAGCGCCUGUUCAGCCAGGUCGACAUAUUGUACGAGGAUGGCGCUCGGAACUUCCUGUUCCUGACCGUGCCGCCCACGAAUCGCGCGCCUCUGCUGAUUGAGGCGGGUCCGACCGCGGUCGGGCAGAUCACCGCGGCGCUCGCGGACUACAACGACCAGCUCAUGGCAUUCGUCGACCUCUUCCAGGCGACGCACCCCGAUGUCACGCGGGCGACCGUGUUCGACUCGCGGCCCGUCUUCAACACGCUCCUGGACAACUACGCCACGUUCGGCUACGUGAACAUCACCGGGUACUGCGCGGCGUACGAGAACGGCACGCCGACGAUGACGACCCAGACGGCGCCCUGCGAGCCCGUCUCGAGCUACUUGUGA